GGGGGCCACGUAGAGCAAGGCAAAUAGUGGAAAAUAAUAAGUGCUAAUUCGACUGGGGAUACGCCGAUGUGACAGUGUAGAAAUAUUAAGCCGGUUGGGAAAGUGUAAUCAAAUAGAUAAUAAUGAUUCUAGUGAAACUUUUCUUUGUUUCUCUUCUUUGCUAUUCAGCAUUUUCAAAGGAGGAAGAUGUUGUAGAUCUUGGAGACAGCGAUUUUUCCACUAAACUUGCCGAACAUGAAACUGCACUUGUCAUGUUUUAUGCACCAUGGUGCGGACACUGUAAACGAUUGAAACCGGAAUAUGCUAAAGCAGCAGAAGAACUUCUCAGAAACGAUCCCCCAAUCAAUUUAUUCAAAGUCGAUUGUACUGAAGCCGGCAAAGAAACAUGUAACAAAAACAGCGUAAACGGGUAUCCAACCUUGAAAAUUUUCAGGAAUGGAGAAUUUUCUCAAGAAUACAAUGGACCUAGAGAAGCCUCAGGAAUUGUCAAAUAUAUGAGAGCCCAAGUUGGACCCAGCUCUAAAGAAAUUAAAACUGUUGAAGAAUUGGAGAAAUUCUUGAAAGCCGAAAAUGAUGUGUCCGUUGUUGGAUUCUUUGAAAAAGAAUCAGAACUUAAAACUGCUUUCUUGAAAACUGCUGAUAAAUUGAGAGAAUCUGUCCGUUUUGCUCAUUCUACUUUCAACGAAGUUUUGAAUAAGCAAGGAUUGAAGGAUAAUAUUGUUCUCUUCCGUCCUGCAAUUUUGAAGAACAAAUUUGAAGACAACCAAGUAGUCUACUCUGGAAGUGCUGAUUCAGGUUCUAUUAAAAUUUUCAUCACUAAAAACUAUCAUGGACUCGUUGGUCAUCGUAAAUCUGACAAUAAACAAGAUUUCAAGAACCCUCUAGUUAUUGCAUACUAUGCUGUGGAUUAUGUUAAGAACCCAAAAGGAACCAAUUACUGGAGGAACAGAAUUCUCAAGGUAGCCCAAGAAUUCAAAGACCAAAUCACUUUUGCAAUCAGUUCCAAAGAUGAACUUACUCAAGAGUUGAAUGAAUAUGGAAUUGAUUUUAUCAGACAUGACAAACCCACUAUUGUUGCUAGAGAUGAGAAUAAUCAGAAGUUUGUUAUGCAAGACACAUUCUCAACUGAAUCCUUGGAACUUUUCGUUCAAGAUCUUCUUGAUGAAAAACUAACCCCCUACCUCAAAUCAGAGCCUGUACCUGAAAGUAACGAUGAACCUGUCAAAGUAGCAGUUGCAAAUAACUUCGAUCAAGUUGUACUCAAUAAUGAUAAAGACACACUUAUAGAAUUUUAUGCUCCUUGGUGUGGACAUUGUAAGAAACUGGCCCCAGUCUUUGAUGAACUUGCAGCUAAACUCAAGAAUGAAGAUGUUGCCAUUGUCAAAAUGGACGCUACAGCUAAUGAUGUGCCACCAACUUUCGAUGUUAGGGGUUUCCCAACACUUUUCUGGUUGCCAAAAGAUUCUAAAGACAAACCUGUGAGAUACGAUGGUGGUCGUGAAUUGGAUGACUUCAUCAACUACAUUGCUAAGCAAGCCACCAAUGAAUUGAAAGGUUUCAACAGGGCAGGAAAGCCGAAAGCAGAUAAGACUGAACUUUGAAGAAAUUUAAAUGUGAAUUAUAGUUUUAUGUAAUAUUUAAUUUCAUUGUCAUCCUUUCAAAAUGUUUCGUUCCCAAUGUUGAGAUCAGAGUUGAUAUUUUAAUUAUAUCGAGAUUUACAUUUCCUAGUAAUACUGUGUAAUAAAUUAAGAAUGUAACUUGAGGUUGUUGAACAUUCUAAGACAUUCAUUCAUGGUAAAUUGUAAUGCUUGAUUUCUUUAAGUUCAUAUUUUUGUUACAUGAAAUUUUGGAAAAAAAAUAAAUGGAAAAUUCUCAUUA